UUUGAAGUAAACUAAAUAGGAAAAUCAUGCCGUUGUGGAUAAUUAUUGAUUUGGAUGCCAUUGUUUUGUUUGAUUGCGUGCUGGUGUUCGUGGUUUGCUCACGUUUGCGUGUAGCAAGUUGUGCGACCUAGCUGCGCUGAGUGAGUGUAGUGUGUUUGAAAAGUUUGACAAAGGCGCGUGAUGAAUUCAAAUCAACUUAAAAUCGAACUAAAAAAGGUAUGAUGGGAAAUUACCCAUGAUCAACAAGACGUGUUUUCGUUUCCGACCAACUGCGACUAACACUUCAUCAACUAGCUGUCACUGCUUAACCUGCUUAAAUGUAAUGAGAUUACUUUUGCGUUGGGGGGCGCUGCGGAGCGCUCAAGCGCUGAACAUGACAAUGUGGCGCUGCAAAACGUUGAACUGCGGCUUUAGAAUUGAAAUGAACAUGAAAUUUAAACAACGAAGUAUUUUUUGCUUGUAUUUGUUGAAUGCUACUUAUAUAUAAACCUGGUUUAUUAAAGAAAUGUAAGUCUUCUUCUUAUAAUAAUUAUUGAGGCAUGACACAAGGAUAUAAUACUUAAAACAGACGUUUAUUUAAUGUUGUAUUGCGGUUAACGUAUGUUUCUUGCAACUUUAAAUGUUAAUGCACUUUAAGUAAACUCAUCACAAAAAAUUGAAGAAAAAUCAAUAAUUCUGGUAACCAUGCAACGACGAAUACAACACGCUAUUUCAUUCCACGAGAACAAAAAACGAUUCAUGACAGAAACCUGAACAAAACGUUUGCGUUCUUUACAUAUUUGGGUGUCUUUAAUUACGUAAAGUUAAAUAUUACGCCGAAUUGUAUUUAAAAAUGGAUCGGCAACCAUCUGCACGACCAAUUUCUACGAGACCUCCGUCUGCAGUUCCUGUUCCUAGAACAGCAAUGACCUCAGCAGCUUCACGACCAUUUACUCAACAAGGUCUUUCUGGUUUACGUCCUCCUCCAACUUCAGGAGCAGGAACAAACCGCAUUUAUCGCGAUAAACGUUACUAUAUGUCGCGAAUCCAAGCUCACAUGAAUCAAAUCCGUGAAGAAAUUGGACGUCUUAAUCGCAGUACAUUAGAUUAUCGUGUAGCGUCUACAAAUCGACAAGAAAUGCGCAAAACUGCCGAAACUACAGCAAAAAAACUCACCGAGAAACAAGAAUUGCUCACUGUUUACAAUACAGCAUUAGAUAUGCAUUUAAGUAAAACACGGACUGAAGAAAUUGUCGCGGAAACCUCUGAAUUGAAGCAAAAGAAUGAGAUGCUGCUAAAAGAGUUGGAUAACGUAUUCCAGAAGAAAGUUAGAAAAGAAGAAGAAAUUGAAGAUUUGAAGAAGAAAAUCACCGAAGAAGAAGCGUUUAUAAAAUCAUUAAUUGAGAAGUUAUCUCCGGAAUCUAAAGAAAAAUAUUAUGCCUUAGCUGAGGAAAAUAAAAAGACUUUAGAAAAUAUUGCUCAUAUGCAAGAAAAAAUCAAAGAAUCCAAGGAACUUAUCGAGAAAUACAAGGGAAUAUUAUUCAGUCUAUUGCCAAACAGAAAAAGUUACAAAUACUGAGGAAUAUUUCAAGAUUAAACAUGCAGAAAACGGAAUUAGAGGCUUUUGUUCAAAAUACUUUGACACCUGCUCAACAACGGGAAAAAUUAUUGGAACAAGUAAAACAAGACAAAGCAGAUAUAGAAUCUUUACUAAAAGUAAAAACAUCAGUUGAAGAAGAGCUUUCAAACAAUGAGACGCGUCUUGGUGAAUUGGAGCAUGAACUGGACGGCAAGGAUAACGCACGUUUAAAGAAACACAAGGAACUACGCGAGCGAGGUGAACACAUGGAGAAGUUCAUUUCUGAAUAUGAAAUAAAAUCUGUUGAUUUAAAAACCAAGAUUCAGUCACUCAAUCAAGAAAUCGGUAUUGCCUUAGAGCAUAUGUCAGAAAACCUUGCUGAGGUGAACUUGAAAGAAUUAGACGUCAAGUUCAACACCAGCGAGCACAAUACCCUCGAGGGAUGGUCCAACAAAUACAAAUUGCUAACAACACAAAUUACUCGAAUUUCUGCUGUGCGUCAAAAGUAUCAAAAGGAAAUAUCAGAUAUGCGUGAGAAAAUGGUCAAAAUGCAGGGUGAGAUGCAAUUGUAUGGAGAUAUAGGUAAGGGUAAAAUGAUUCAAGAAGCAAAGAAGGAACAGUUACUUGAGAAGCAACGACAAUUGCAAAAUACUUUGGAUUCUACUCGAAUGGCAGUUGUAGAAGCGAAGAAAAAGCGUGAAGAUAUGAAGCGACGCAUUGAAGAAAACGAUGAUUUUAAUGAAAUCAUGAAGCUUGAGAAAACCAUUGAAAAUGUAGAAAUGGAAGCAAAUGAAUUGGAAAAUGCUAUAAAAGCUGAAUCAAGCAAUGAAGAAAUGGAUAAUUUGUGGGUGCAAUUGCAUGAAGUGCUUGCCAAGCGCAAUGCCCAAUUGAUUGAUAACUUAAAGAAAAACGGACGUAAAAACUUUGAAUAAAAGCGUGUUUUUCAUGUUUUUAUGUUUUCAUGUUAUAUGUACUACAUUAAUCAAAAUUAUUCACACAGUUUGACGUAGUCAAUUAUAAUGUGAAUCAAAAUAAGUGUUAAUAAUGCAAUUGUUAAACUCUUUGUACGUUUUAGGUGCUUUCAAAUGCAAUAAAUCAUAUCUGCAGAGUCGUUAUCAGAAAAAUGAUUAUAAACAA